AUAUUGAAUGUCGAAAUAGAAAAACCGCAGACGAAUUAUAAAAGUUGCCACUUUUUUCAGUGUAAAUUCAGUUGUUAAUCGAUUACGUAAUAAACACGUGUUACUUUGAUCUAGUUUUUUAGUAAAAAUGCGCGAAAUUCUCAUAAGGAACGAUAACGAAUCGUCUUUAGUAAUAAAACCGAAAAAGGAAAUAAAGACGGAGUUAAAUCUAUUUAAAUAUAGUGAUACCAGUAUUUCUAUAGAAAUAUGUCCUAAUAGACAAUUGGAUACUGAAGUUUUGAGUACGAUUCCGUGCAGUUUUUAUUCAAUAACAUGGCGUACACCUUCCGAAGAAGAAUUGGAUCACGUGGAACGGAUACCGGCGAUAAUAUUGGCGAAACAAUUACUUUAUAACGGUUAUAAUGUACUGUUACAUUUGGCUGGGAGAAAUUUGAAAAUAAAAAAAGUGAUUGAGAUAUUGGAUUAUAUAAAGGACGUCGGAAUAAAGAAUAUUUUUGCCUUACAAGGAGAUGCUUCAGAGAUUCGGGAAAAUGACGAUAAAAAAUAUGAUUUUCCCUACGCAUCGGAUUUAGUGAAAUUUAUUCGAAAAUAUUAUGGAAAUUUCUUCACUAUUGGAGUAGCCGGAUAUCCGGAAAAACAUCCAAAGAGUGAAAAUAAGGAAAAAGACCUCGAAUAUUUGAAAUACAAGGUAUCAUGUGGUGCGGAUUUUAUCAUAACCCAGUCAUCUUAUCAAUAUCAACAUUUCUCUAGUUUUGUCCAGAGAUGUCGAGACAAUGGCAUUACCAUACCCAUUAUUCCUGGUUUAUUCAUCAUAAGUUCUUAUAAAACAUUAAUGGCAAUGUCGAAAUUUUGUGGGGUUCCUAUUCCAGAAAAUAUUUUACAUAUAAUAGAGUCGAAUAAAAACGAUGACGAAGCCGUUAAACAAUUUGGAAUUAUACAAGCUGCACACUUGAUGCAAAAAAUAAUCAAUAACAAGGAAUAUUUUGGAGGAGUUCACGUAUUUUCUUUAAAUAAUUUAGAACUACUGAGAAAUGUUUUGAAAAAAGUGAAUGUAGAUAAACAACAUUGAUGGAUCACUUUGUAUAAAAAAUAUGUACUCUUUAAUAUCAAAAUUACAAUAAAUUCACUCAAUUAUAUAUUUGAAGUAAGUAUAUUUUCAAAUCACAA